CCGGAAAUUUUCUUCCCCUAAAAAACGCUCCCAACUUUUUUCUCCGGCCGCCGGCGAGAUGUUCCUCACGGAGAUCAAGUUACACGCCGGUCCGUCCUUCACUCCGUUCAAGAAACACCACGCCGUAGUAGUCCCCAACAAUCUCGACUUCAUCACGCGCGCCUUCGACGACGCUCUGCUCCGCCGUCUCAGUACGCUUUCUCCGCCCUCCAUCAGCUUCUCCUGGCUCUCCAAGGCGAGGAGGCUAAUCUCCAAUCUCGAGGACACGGCUUUAUGGGAUGAUGACGCUCUCGCGAUCGCGGCUUAUCUGGAUGACACUGUGAAGCUCUUGGACAUAUGCAACUCCCUCUCCGCCGAGAUAGAGCGGCUCCGCCACCGCCGGGUUGUUCUCGCUUCCGCGGCUCGGCUCCUCGGCGACGGGAAGGUCCGGAUUGCUCGGGAGAUUCUAACGGAAUGGGAGGGCAAGACCGCUGCUUUGGGAUUCGGGAAAGCGAAGAAUGCGGAGGUGCUCGUCAGUGAUCUGGCGAUGAGGCACGGCAGCGCGCCACGUGGAAAGAGCACAAAGGUCGGGAAAGUUGUGAGGAGGACGGUGUACGCCGUCGGAUUGGUGACCGUGUUCGUCGCCGGAGCGGUGGUGUCGGCGAUGAGUGGAUCGGCGGAGACGGUGACGGUCCGGGCGCCGGCGGAGUUUUGUUGGGCCGAGUCGUUGAACGAGCUGGGAGUGGAGUUAAAACGGCGAUUUGGUAAGGCAGGGUUGGGGGACGUGGCUACACGCGUCGGGGAAGCGUGUGAGAUAGCGGAAGGGGACAGGGAGAGGUUGAACGACGUCGUAAAAGAGGUGGAUAGGGCAAUGGGGUCGUUUUGUGAAGGGCUGGAAGGGUUGAGUAAAGGAGUGAAUGAAUUGUUCCAUGGUGUUUUGAGUAACAGGAACUUCAUGUUGGACCAUGUUAUUAUGGUCAGAGCUUAGAGAACGAGAAACCAAAGCCAUGGAAGCUUAAGCAAACAACAAACUAAGAAGAAAGCUUACAAUUGCAAGUAGAAAGAUGGAGAGUGACAUGUUCUUGCCUUGCUAAAAUUGCAAUCAAUCUAAUUCUCCCAUCUGUUCUUUAUGUGUGAGCUUCAUUCUUAACCGUAAAAUUGUAAUGCCCAAGUAAAUGUGAUGCAACAACAUGAUAUGAUACAAUGACAAGUGGAAAUCUUGGGUAUGAGAUAUUGAAACCUCCAGUAUGCCAAGAGAUUUAUUGGUAGGAAGAAUGA